GUCUGCUCUGUUUUUCUUCCCGAUUCUUCCUCUCCCGAAAGCCUCCCUCCCAGCCACCGAUUUCCCUCCUCUUGAGAAACGAUGAAGGCCUCUUGAAAUUUCCCUCCUUUCUUGCUCAAGAACCAAGUCUCAAGCCUAGAACUCUCUCCCUCAACCCAGAAAUUCCAGAUCUGCCCUGCGUCUUCUUCCCCUGCCACCGGUUUCAACUGGUGUGGGUGUGAGAUUUCGGUUUUUUGCCAUUCCGUGACUCCCCUGCAAUUUUCCCACCGACUCCUCCCAUAACCGCUAGCUCCAGCUUUACUUGUUGAGGUUUUUGGUAGUGAGACCCGACGCAUGGGGAGCCAGGGGGAGUGACGAGCUAGAUGGCUAGGCACUUUUGGACUUAGAUUUUGUAGCUAGGCUGUUAGUCACCCAUACUUAACUCAGAAGUUCUGUGUACAGAACUUAGUUUUAGUCAUGAUUGUAUAUAUGAAGUUAUAAAUAUUGCACAUCUUGAUUGAUGGCUCCAAAACGGCGUGGGCGCCCAAAGGAUAGCCGUAAGGAUCAGGACACUCCUCCGAUCCCAGCUGCCAAUUCCUCUACCUAAGCUGCUCCGCAGGAGGGAAGGACGAGCAAUCCUCAAGUGGCCAACUUUGUUCAGGAACUUAUGGCGGAGAUAAGACGCUAAGUAUCUCCUACCACAAGUGUACCACCUCCAUCCCCAGUGGUCUCCACUCCUAUGGCCCCUGCUCCAAUUUCCCCUUUUCCUAUCUCUUAUGCUCCUGCUGUGCCUAGCUGGAAGGUCUAUACAGAAUUCCAGAAGCUGAUGACCAAGGGAUUUGAUGGUACUACAGGUUUUGAGCAGGUGGGAUCGUGGAUCAUCGAGGUGGAGCGGGGAUUCCGCCUACUGCAUGUUUCUGAUGACCUUAAGGUCAAUGUAGGCAGUUACAUGCUUACUGGGAAGGCAUUAACUUGGUGGGAGAGUUAUCUGAAGCUACACCAAGGAGAGCCUAAAUUGAGCAGCUGGGAUGGUUUCAAGAAGGUGUUCAUGCAAGAGUACAUACCAGAUAGCAGAAGGCGGGAACUGCAAAGGGAAUUUGCAGAUUUGAAGCAAGGGUCAAGUACUGUUGAGCAAUACAAGGAGGAGUUUGACCGCUAUCUGCCUUUUGUGGGUAGCCAAGUUGCCGAUGAGCAAGCCAAGGCCGACAAAUUUCUGUGGGGCUUGAAUUCCGACAUUUAUUUGGCGGUAAACCAAUUUAAACCCGCCACUUAUCGAGAGGCAGCGGACAGAGCCCUAGACCAGGAGAAGGCAAUGGCUAGGUUCAAGUCCUCGGGGCAGCACGGUGUUGGGUCAUCCCUGGGGAAGAGAAAAUUCGAGGGGAGCCGUAGGCCCUUUGUCCCUGCACCGCCUAGGCCUGAUAUCAGCAAGGGUUCUAAAGGGCUCGGAGCUACCAAGACUGGGGGCCAGGCAUCCACGGCCCAACGUGCUCACCCUACUCAACCUACUUGCCAGUUUUGUGGGAAGGUUGGGCACACCCGUGAUCAGUGCCACAUUGCUACUGGGGCUUGCUUUAGAUGUGGCAAGCAAGGACAUCAGAUUGCAAAUUGUUUGCUACUAGACCCCAAAACUCAAAGUACUCAAUCUACAUCUCAGCAAGGUUCUACUAAUCAGGGGGCACCGAAACAGAAUGUCGGGGUUAGGACAAGAGCCCAACAGGCAAGAGCCCAAGCCCAGCAGGCAAGAGUUCACGUGAUGACCCAUCAGGAAGCUACAGCUACCGACGUAAUCACGGGUACUUUGCCUGUUAACUCUGAUUUUGCACAUGUUUUAUUUGAUUCGAGUGGAUCGCACUCCUUUAUUGCCCGAUCUUAUGCUUUGAAACGAGCUUUGCCUGUUGAUACCUCUGAUUUUGAAUUGCAUGUGGACACCCCUUUAGGAGUGGUGAUGACUACUAGAGAUGUGUGUAGAACUGCGAAUAUCUAUAUUGAUGGUAGACAGUUGAGUGCUAGUCUGUUUGUUUUAGAUAUCUCCAAUUUUGAUAUCAUUUUGGGGAUGGAUUGGUUGUCAAAGCAUUUUGCCUUUACAGACUGCCAUCGGAAAUGGGUAAUUUUUAAUAUUCUUGGUGAGCCAGAGUUUAGUUUCCAAGGCAGUGGCUCUUUUGCUCCACCCACGCUAAUAUCUGCCUUACAGGCUCAGAAAUAUCUUGUAAAUGGUUGCCAGGGUUUUCUAGUUUCCGUCACUGAUGCUAGUAGUGUGACAUUGAGACUAGAAGACAUACCAGUGGUGCGUGAGUUUUCGGAUGUAUUUCCGGAGGAUCUCCCAGGUUUACCUCCGGAUAGGGAGGUUGAAUUUGCUAUUGACCUUGUUCCUAGCACCGGACCUAUUUCUAAAGCACCAUAUCGUAUGGCUCCUAUAGAAUUGAAGGAGUUAAAGAUUCAGCUGGAGGAACUCCUUGAGAAGGGGUUUAUACACCCUAGUGUGUCACCUUGGGGAGCUCCAGUGUUGUUUGUUAAGAAGAAAGAUGGGAGCAUGAGACUAUGCAUUGAUUACCGGGAACUAAAUAAGGUAACUGUGAAGAACCGGUAUCCCCUUCCUAGAAUUGAUGACUUGUUUGACCAGCUCAAGGGUGCCCAAGUAUUUUCUAAGAUUGAUCUUCGAUCUGGCUACCACCAAUUGAAGAUUAAACCUGAUGAUGUGCCAAAGACUGCCUUUCGCACCCGUUAUGGUCGUUAUGAAUUCCUGGUUAUGCCUUUUGGCUUAACAAAUGCCCCUGCUAGAUUUAUGGACUUGAUGAAUCGGGUAUUUAGCCAGUACCUAGACAAGUUUGUGGUCGUCUUUAUUGAUGACAUUUUGGUCCAUUCUUCUAGCCAUGCUCUUCAUGAAAAGCACUUAAGGACAGUCCUCGAGACAUUGAGAAGUGAGAGGCUAUUUGCUAAAUUUAAGAAGUGUGAAUUUUGGCUAGACAAUGUUGCAUUCUUAGGUCACGUUGUGACUAAGGAUGGAAUUUCUGUUGGCCCCCAGAAAAUUGAGGCCGUGGUGAAUUGGAAAAAGCCAAACAGUGUCGUAGAAAUUCAGUGUUUUCUAGGAUUGGCUGGAUAUUACCGUCGAUUUGUGGGGGAUUUCUCCAGAAUUGCUCAGCCAAUGACUCGUCUGAUCAGGAAGGAUGCCAAGUUUGAGUGGACUCCAGAGUGUGAGGAGAGCUUUUUAACCCUGAAGGAAAAGUUGGUCACUGCUCCUGUACUUGCACUUCCAAUCCAUGGGGAAGGAUUCACCAUAUAUAGUGAUGCCUCUAAAAAGGGUUUGGGAUGUUUCUUGAUGCAGAAGGAUAGGGUUAUUGCAUAUGCCUCUCGGCGAUGGCUUGAACUGUUAAAGGACUACGACUUGACCAUUAGCUACCAUCCAGGCAAAGCUAACAAAGUAGCGAAUGCAUUGAGUAGGAAGUCCUCUGGCACUGCCUCUAGCAUCCUUGCCACUCAGAAGGAGUUACUUGAGGAUCUUGUGAAACUGGAUGUGGAGUUGAGAAUGGACAGCAUUACGGCUUAUCUAGCAGCUCUCAGUGCACAACCGGCAUUAAUAGAUAUAAUUAAACUUGCCCAGCAGAAAGAUCCUUUCUUGCAGAGGAUGAAGGAAAAAGUAAGAGCCGGGGAACCCCACAUGCAAGAAUUCAGAAUUUCUGAUGAUGAGAUUUUGUGGUUCGGUAACAGGCUAUGUGUACCAAGAGAUCAUGCUCUAAGGCAUGAGAUUAUGGGAGAUGCCCAUUAUACUAGCUAUACAAUUCACCCAAGUAGCACCAAGAUGUAUCGCGAUUUACGUAGUACAUUUUGGUGGCGGAACAUGAAGAGGGAGAUAGCUAGAUUUGUCUCACAAUGCCUAACUUGUCAAAAAAUCAAGGCUGAGCACCAGAGACUUCCUGGAAAACUGCAGCCUUUACCUAUUCCCCAAUGGAAGUGGGAGAACAUCACCAUGGACUUUGUGACAGGCCUACCACGAACCUUAAAGGGUAAUGAUUCCAUCUGGGUCAUCGUUGAUCGAUUGACCAAAUCAGCUCACUUCUUACCCUACCGAACUGCCACCUCUAUUGAAAAGCUUGCCAAUAUGUACAUGGAGGAGGUAGUCAAGCUACAUGGAGUCCUUGUGUCUAUUGUGUCAGAUAGAGAUACUAGAUUUUUAUCUCAUUUCUGAACAAGCUUGCAGUAGGCACUUGGUACUCAAUUAAAUUUCAGCACGGCCUUUCAUCCUCAAACUGACGGGCAAUCUGAAAGAACUAUUCAGAUACUUGAGGAUAUGUUGAGGGCUUGUGUUCUAGAUU